AAAAAAAGUGUAUAAAUUGUAAAAAUCUAUUUAAUUAAAUUAAAGUAGGAACAAGACAGCAAGUGACAAAUUUUUUAAUGCCAACACAAUCAGUGACAUCGAACAGACAUAAAUUUUGAGCAUUUUUCUCUGACUUAGAGCAGUGAAUGAACGAAGAAUUAGUUUUGCAAAAAUUUUGUUUCAAUUUAGUGUAUUUUAAUAUAAUAGUUACAUUAAUUAAUCUUAAUUAUGGAUAUAGAAUUAACGGAUGCCGAGAAAAAAUACUACAAUGAUCUAUUUAAUCUGUGCGAUGUCGAGAAGAUUAGUAAAGUUCCCAAAUUGAAGGCAGAAGAGUUUUUUCGGACAGCAGAAAAUAUAGAUAAUGAAAUUUUACUAGAAAUAAAUCAGUUAGCUGGUGUCAUACCGAGUUUCCUGUAUCUCAAUCGCACUCAAUUCUUUUCGUGCUUAAGACUAAUUGGUGCUUAUCAGUCAAAGACGAUACCGUUACGUAAAGAAAUUCUAACAUCCAGUACGAUACAGAUAGGAUUGCCGAAAUUUAGUUGGAAGUUGGAAUUAGAGCCACCGCCAGAAGUCAUACUUGAUCAUCCGUCGAAUCUAUUAAAUAAACCAAAUCAACAGAAUGGUCUCUUAGCAUCAACAUCAUCUAAACGAAGUCCUGACUUAAUAGAAUUAUUAGCAGCAUCAAAAGAAUCUCAUCAUCAUCACCAUCAUCAUCAACUCGCGGUCGAUAGAAAUGUCAAUUCAGAUAUACCGUCAACGGAUUCAGAAAUGGAGCAGACUGAUAAUGAGCGAGAUAAUUCGAUCAGUUCACGAAAACGUUUAGGUAUUAAUUCAUUAUCAAGUAAUAAGCAAAGUGGAAAGACGAAGAGAAGUGCUGGCGGUUCGCCUAAUUGGUCGACGGCUAGUGAUAGUCCGACUCCAACAAAUUCUACUCAUAAUUCCGUUGCAGAACGACCGUGGGCAUCAAAUUCACAAAGUUGGCAAGGACUUUUGUGUGAGGAACAGCGGCAAUUGCUUGGAACUGAAGAAGAGUCAUCUGAUAAGCACAGCAGCGAUGAGGACGACGAUGAUUUAGAUCUUGAGGCUUUAUAUCAGAUAACAUCCGAACAAAAAGAGUAUUAUUUAAAGCAAUUUCGUACUGUCCAACCUGAUAUCGGUGGCUUAUUGUCUGGCGUUGUUGCAAAAGUAUUUUUUGAGAAAUCACGCAUUCCUGUUGAAGAGCUACGACACAUUUGGCAAUUAUGUGAUGUUACACGUGACGGUGCAUUAGACGUAGCCGAAUUCACAGCCGCAAUGCAUCUCGUUGUGUUACGACGAAAUAAUAUUCCAAUACCAUCAGUCUUACCGUUGUGUCUACAACCUCACAUUUUAUAUAAAACCCUCGGUUUGUCUCACAAGGAGCCAUCAGCAGCAGAAGUCGAUUUGUUAAAUUUAGAAAGUGACAACGACAAUCAAGACAGUCAUCGUAGUAAUAUCACACAGCGUAGUAAUGUUGUAAAUAAGAAUGAAUAUCAGAGAAUGAUUUCAUCGACAUAUGAUGAUUAUCGUACAUUAUCGAGUGGAAAAUCCUCGCAAACAAUCAUGAAUAAAUCAUCAACGUUGCCAAAAAAUCAUUUUUCGUCGCAGCAUCGUGGCGAAGGUGAUGGAUCAGCGUCUAAUGUUGUAAGCAACAAUACAAAUAAUUUAAAUUUAAAUCUAUCCAGCAACAAUAAUAAGCAACAAAUGAAUAAAAAUGUGAUAACUACAGUAAAUCGAUCCAGUUCAAAUUCGCCAAUACAACAAACGGACGGAUCAACUGUUGUCGAUGGAACAAAUCCGAAUAAUAAGGAAUGGACAAAAUUUACCGAGUCGCCAACAUCAAAUGUAUCAAGUCCUGGACCGAAGCCUGUUAAUGUAACACAAUCAAUUGUUAGUGAUCCACUGAAUGUUAUACAUCCAGUUCCAUUAAGAAUGACUCCCAUAACGGCUUCAGAAGUCGUCGAUGAGGAGGCAUUAAAAACAUUCCGUAAAGCAGACUCGCUAGUUUAUGAAAGUGGUGUCGUGAAGCUUGAUCGUGAUGACGGAAGUCCAAAGCAUCAGCAAUUUAGUAAGAAGCAGUCACAUUAUCAGCGUGAUUCACUACCGAAUGACUUGAGAGCAAUUCAACGACCACAUCCGAAAAAGCCAGCUUCUAAAAAUAUUGGACAAAUUCCAAUGCCACCAAUAGAGUCGUCAGCAAAUCAAGUGACUAUUUCUGGAGCGAGUGGAACGUCAAUAUUGCUUACCAAUAAAAAGGAAAUUCCGCCUUUGCCUCCUCCAAGGCCACAUCGUCACGCAAGAAGUUCAAGUUUAGAUCUUCAAAGAAUUAAAUUAUCGAAUAAUAAUGCAUCGCAAGAUAAGGAAGUAAAUGUCUCAUCGCAGCCGCCAGAACUUCCACCUCCUCGAAUUUCGGAUAAAAGCUUUAAAAUGCCCUCUGUUGAUACUUAUAUUGAGCCUCCAGUGAAGAAAAAUGAGGAAUCUUUUGCUGAUUUUACACAAUUUCCUGGUGCGGGUUCGAAACAGCAACAAAAGCCGGGCGAAUAUGUAACAACAAUUCGAUUAGAUAAUCCACCAGUUCCACAACCUCGUUUACAAACAACAACUUCUAUAAUUGGGCCAUCAACAUCAAAUGGAUCGCAACGAACAAGUGCUUUUGAGGUGUACAGGAAGCCAUCAAAAUCUCGUAGUUCUCAAUCGCCGCCAGUUCAACCAAAUGAAACGAUAAAGACACAAGAUUAUGAGAAGCAGGUGCAUAUGAUCAGUGAGAAUUUAAAGCAAGUAAAAUUUCCGAGAAAUGCAAAUGAUCAAAACUCGCAAGAAUUAUUAAAAUAUUUAAAAGAGCAAAAUUCCCUUCUCAUUCGUUUAUGUAAUGAUUUAAGUGAUGAAUUGCUAGUUAUGCAAAAAAAGAGGGAAGAGAUAAAAGGGAAACUUGAUAAUCAUCAAAAAUAGUCACUAGUCAUUGCGACGAUAAACAAGAAAAAGUAUGAAAAAUGCGUAACAAUUAUAUGAAAUAUAUUUGCUUUGAAAUUUAACUACCUUACCUACCUAAUAACAGUGUCGAUUGGACUAUUUGACUUUGUGGCGCACCUGAGUAUCAUUGCAAAUAGUUCAGACGGCAUUAACCUAAUAGCAUCCUUAAAUAAACAUAAACAACAUAUUAAAUUAAUUAAAUAAAACACACAUGAAAGAUGAUAUAAAGUAAUUUUUUAGGCAGCUCCUUGCUAUGAAAAAAGCAACAAAAAUACUAUUAAUCUCAAGAUUUAAUCGAAUGGAUUAUAAAUCAUUAAAUAGCUACAAUUUUUUAAAAAGUGGAAUGAAUAUGAAAAGUAUUUAAAGAUUGCGAUGAAUUAGAAUGUUAUUAUGCUAUUAUAAAAUUUAACUAAAGUACAUUACUGUAUGUUGCCUCGAAUAAUAAGUAUGAUUGUUGCCAAAAAAUGCUAAAAAAUCAUAAAGUUUGUGGUUUUUUGAGGGGGUAAAAAAUGAAUUUUAACGUUUUUUUUAAUUUGAACUUUAACGGUUUUGUAGAAUUUAAACUAUGACUAGGUUAGAUUCUUGAAUUGAAUUUUACAAAACCGUUAAAAUUCAGUUGCAAUCUUAAUGACUUAAAUAUACCCGAAUAAAGAUUUCUUUACAUAAUUCUGAUGAAAAUGAAAGUGAAUUCAUG